GGUUACAGGUUGUGGCUUCUUUACCCAGAUCUGUUGAGAUUGUGCUCAGCAGUGGGAGGAACGAAGAAGAAGCUAGACGCUCAGAUUUGCCUGCGCAACCACAGAUUUGUCCGUCAGCUGAUCAGACUUUAACGUAGACAUAAGCAGGAAACCUUGUCUCACUUAUUGUUCUUGUUGUAAGACCCGAGAGUGUGUGACUAUGAAGAGCUCCAAAGACGCCGUUCAGGCAGCUGCCAAAGAGUUCCUGCAGUUUGUCAACCGAGGGACGUCUCCAUAUCACGUGGUUGAUGAGUGCCGUCGACGUCUGUCGGAGGCUGGGUUCAUCGAGCUGAAGGAGACUGAGCAGUGGGACCUCAAACCGUCCAGCAAGUAUUUUCUGACCAGGAACUUUUCCAGCAUCAUCGCAUUUGCUGUGGGAGGAUGCUACGUGCCAGGAAAUGGCUUCUCGAUGGUCGGAGCUCACACAGACAGCCCCUGUCUCAGGGUGAAGCCACGGUCUAGGAAGACGAAGCAGGGCUGUCUGCAGGUUGGGGUAGAGUGCUAUGGUGGAGGAAUCUGGAACACCUGGUUCGACCGUGACCUCACCGUUGCUGGGCGUGUUAUGCUCAAGAGCAACGGGAAGCUGCUCCAUCGGCUGGUUAACGUCUCCCGGCCUCUGCUCCGGAUCCCCCACCUGGCCAUCCACCUGCAACGUGACAUUAAUGACUCCUUUGGCCCCAACAAGGAGAACCACCUUGUGCCCAUCAUUGCCACUGCUGUCCAGGAGGAGUUGGAGACAGGAAGUGUGCCUUCAGGAGAUGCUAACUGCCCUUCCAGCACGGCAGAGAAGCACCAUCCAGCACUGGUCAAGGUCUUGUGCUCAGAGCUGGAUGUUGAGCCUGAAGCUCUGCUGGACUUUGAGCUGUGUCUGACGGACACUCAACCCGCGGCGCUGGGAGGAGUGUAUAAUGAGUUCAUUUUCUCCCCACGCCUAGACAAUCUACACAGUUGCUACUGUGCCCUGCAGGGAUUAAUAGAGUCGUGCUCCGGAGACUCUCUGGCCAAAGAGCCCAAUGUCCGCAUGAUCACUUUUUAUGACAAUGAAGAGGUGGGCUCUGAGAGUGCUCAUGGGGCUCAGUCCAACCUGACGGAGCUCAUCCUCAGCCGCCUCGCUGCCUCCUCCUCCAACCUCACCGCUUUCCAGCAGGCGGUGCCGCGCUCCUUCAUGAUCAGCGCUGACAUGGCGCAUGCUGUGCACCCCAACUACCAGGAGAAGCAUGAUGAAAACCAUCGCCCAGCUUUCCACAAGGGCCCAGUGAUCAAGUUCAACAGCAACCAGCGCUACGCCACCACAGCGGUCACUGCCUCCGUGGUCCGAGAGGUUGCUGGCCGGGUCGGCGUCCCUCUGCAGGACGUGAUGGUCCGGAACGACAGCCCCUGUGGAACCACUAUCGGACCGAUCCUGGCCUCCCGCCUCGGCAUCCCCGUGGUCGACAUCGGGGCUCCACAGCUCUCCAUGCACUCCAUCAGGGAGAUGUGCUGUACCUCCAGCGUGCUGCAGAGCACUACCCUGUUCAAGGCCUUCUUUGAGCUGUUCCCUGCAGUGAGGAGCACGCUGGUCGUCGACUAGAGCUGGACAGAACCACCACGUUCACCAUGAGCUUCGUCUGCCCUGGGCUUUGUACUGACAGUAAACCAGAUGCUUAGAAAAUAAAGUACUGUGAAGGCC